GGAAGCGCGGCCCCCGAGGGUGCGGCCCUGACCGGGCGGGGCCGGGCGGGAAAUGUUAGGGGAGCUGUAAACUGGGCACGGGGUCCCGGGAGGCAAGAGCGUCCGGGCCGACCUCUGGCCGGAUGAAGAGCCAGGCGGCUGGGCCAGUGCUCCCCGGCGCGGGCCUCAGGUUGGCCAGUCCGGCUGCCAGCGCUUCUGCGAAAACAGCCCCGGGCGCCGCCCAGCAUGCUGGGCACUCGGCGCGGAGCGCAGCCGCCGGCCCUCGGAGACGUCGGGCAGUGCGGGGAGGCGCGGCCACCGGCGGGAUGUGGUAGCACGUGACACCGGCCCCAGCGCGCACCUAUCAGGCGCCGGCCCCCUGCACAGGACGCGCAGGAUGAAUGACAUGAACUUGAGCCCAGUGGGGAUGGAGCAGCUGUCUUCAUCCUCCGUGAGCAAUGCCCUGCCAGUCUCAGGAAGUCACCUGGGUUUGGCUGCCUCUCCCUCUCACAGUGCCAUCCCUGCCCCAGGACUUCCAGUGGCAAUUCCCAACCUGGGUCCCUCCCUGAGCUCUCUGCCUUCCGCCUUGUCUCUGAUGCUCCCCAUGGGCGUUGGCGAUCGAGGAGUAAUGUGUGGGUUACCCGAAAGGAACUAUACCCUACCUCCACCACCUUACCCUCACCUGGAGAGCAGUUACUUCAGAACCAUCCUACCUGGCAUUUUAUCUUAUUUAGCUGACAGACCACCUCCUCAGUAUAUUCACCCCAACUCUAUAAAUGUUGAUGGAAAUACAGCAUUAUCGAUCACCAACAACCCUUCAGCACUAGAUCCCUAUCAGGCCAAUGGAAAUGUUGGAUUAGAACUAGGCAUUGUUUCCAUAGACUCUCGCUCUGUAAACACACAUGGUGCCCAAAGUCUUCAUCCUAACGAUGGCCACGAAGUAGCAUUGGACACAACGAUCACUAUGGAGAAUGUGUCUAGGGUCACCAGCCCAAUCUCCACAGACGGAAUGGCAGAGGAGCUUACAAUGGAUGGGGUUACAGGAGAGCAUUCCCAGAUCCCGAAUGGCUCCAGAAGUCAUGAGCCCCUCUCUGUGGAUUCUGUGAGCACCAGCCUUACAGCAGACGCUGUGGGCCAUGGUGGUGUGAUGCCCAUUCAUGGGAAUGGUCUGGAGCUUCCCGUGGUCAUGGAGACAGACCACAUUGCAAACCGGGUCAAUGGCAUGUCGGACAGUGCCCUCAGUGACUCCAUCCACACUGUGGCCAUGAGCACCAACUCUGUAAGCGUGGCACUCUCUACCUCACACAACCUGGCCUCCCUAGAAUCUGUUUCCCUCCAUGAAGUUGGCCUUAGCCUAGAGCCAGUGGCUGUCUCUUCCAUCACGCAGGAGGUUGCCAUGGGGACAGGUCAUGUAGAUGUAUCCUCGGACAGCUUGUCUUUUGUACCAUCUUCACUGCAAAUGGAAGACUCCAAUUCAAACAAGGAAAACAUGGCAACCUUGUUUACAAUUUGGUGCACUCUCUGUGACCGAGCCUACCCCUCUGAUUGCCCUGAUCACGGACCAGUGACCUUUGUUCCUGACACGCCAAUAGAGAGCAGAGCACGACUAUCUCUCCCGAAGCAGCUUGUCCUCCGCCAGUCCAUCGUAGGAGCAGAUGUCGUUGGUGUCUUUCCAUCGAUAGGCGUGUGGACUGCAGAGACCAUCCCUGUGCGGACGUGCUUCGGGCCUCUCAUUGGUCAGCAGAGUCACUCUUUGGAAGUAGCAGAGUGGACAGACAAGGCAGUUAACCAUGUCUGGAAGAUAUACCACAAUGGCGUCCUAGAAUUCUGCAUCAUUACAACUGAUGAAAAUGAGUGUAAUUGGAUGAUGUUUGUGCGCAAAGCCAGGAACCGUGAAGAACAGAAUUUGGUGGCCUAUCCCCAUGAUGGGAAAAUCUAUUUCUGUACCUCACAAGACAUCCCUCCUGAAAACGAGCUGCUUUUCUACUACAGCCGGAAUUAUGCUCAACAGAUGGGUGUUCCUGAACACCCAGAUGUGCACCUCUGUAACUGUGGCAAGGAGUGCAGUUCCUAUUCCGAGUUCAAAGCGCAUCUGACCAGCCAUAUCCACAGCCAUCUCCCUAGCCAGGGCCACAGCAGCAGCCCCGGGCCAGCGCACAGCAAGGAGAGGAAGUGGAAGUGCUCCAUGUGCCCCCAGGCCUUCAUCUCCCCCUCCAAGCUCCACGUCCACUUCAUGGGUCACAUGGGGAUGAAGCCCCACAAGUGUGAUUUUUGUAGCAAGGCUUUUAGUGAUCCAAGCAACCUACGGACACACCUCAAAAUACACACAGGUCAGAAGAAUUAUAGGUGUACUUUGUGUGACAAGUCUUUCACGCAGAAGGCUCACCUGGAGUCUCACAUGGUCAUCCACACGGGUGAGAAGAAUCUCAAGUGUGAUUACUGUGACAAGCUGUUCAUGCGGAGACAAGACCUCAAGCAGCAUGUUCUCAUCCACACACAAGAACGCCAGAUCAAGUGUCCGAAGUGUGAUAAACUGUUCUUGAGAACAAACCACUUGAAGAAGCAUCUCAAUUCUCACGAAGGAAAACGAGAUUAUGUCUGCGAGAAAUGUACAAAGGCUUAUCUGACCAAGUACCAUCUCACUCGCCACCUGAAGACCUGCAGAGAGCCCACCUCCAGUUCCUCAGCGCAGGAAGAAGAGGACGAUGACUCAGAGGAAGAAGGCCUCGCAGACUCCAUGACGGAGGACUGCAGGAUGAGCAGUGCUAUUUACUCAACAGAUGAGUCUCUCUCUGCACAUAAAUAGGGACAAGCAGCUGCUUUGGAUGGAAACAUAAAACCAACCCGCUGUUCAAGUGGCCUGAGUGGGGGUCGCUCGCUACAGCACUUCCAGAGGAACAGCCGGUGGAGGAACGUCCGGUGGAGGAACGUCCUGUGGGUUCUUUAAGGUGGCUGGGAGGCGAGGCAUGGUCUGUCCUGUCUCUCAGUGAUGGGUGGCAGUGAGAGGCCCAGCGUUUGAUACCUGCUCUUUAGUCACAUGUAACUUAGGGUGCACUUACGUCCUUUCGUCCAAACAAACCAGAUCUCUCUCCCAUUGUUCCAUUUCCCCCAGCCAACGUGACUGGAGCCAUCCCACUGCUAACUACACAUGCACUAUUGUAAGGUAUGUGUUUCAGAGAGAAUUGUAACAGCCGUGCAAGUGUUAGGACGACUGUAAUUAAUUGAAACAAUCCCUGCCUGCCUGCCUGCCCGCCCUCUGCCGCGGUUGAGAGGGCAGGUAAAGCAGCAGCCGUGGGUCAGAGGACUGGCCGAGAGAGGAAAAGGUCCGGACGCCCACCUCUGAUGGAAGCCGAGGUUAGCCACCUGGUUAUGUGUAUGUGCACAUCUUUGUGGUCUAGCCAUGGCUCUGUCUUCAGGAAAGCCAACCUUCAGUCUCUGAGUGGACCUAGAGUAUUACCAGUGUUCAAAUAAAGCCUGCUGGGCGGUCUCCAGUCAGGAGUGCAUCUGCGCUCACUGAUGACUGCUGCCCACAGGGGGAAGAGGGGGCGUGUUUUAAAUGUGGGCUUACUUUAUGGAAACCAUCACAAUGUUGCUAGCUGAGGGCAACAAGUAGGGGUUCAGUGGGCCUUCCCAGUCGUCGUCCUUGCUGAGGUCCUCACCAGUGAGGUGUAGGGGACACCAGAGGUGUUAGAGAAGGCGGAUAGUCACCCCGAGAGCAGGCAUACCCAGCUUGUCAAGAAGCUGAUACAUCCUGAACUUGACAGGGCUGGUGGAUGGAACAUGCCUUCCUGCUCAAAGGCACUGCCUUGGCUUAAGUAGAAGACUCUGCUGGGAAGGUUUUGCUGCUAAUGUAUUUAUAGAAUGAAUGUAUUUCAUUCAAAUCUGUAUUCCUCUAGGAAGAAUUAAAAUCAUUUUUAAUGAAAA